AUGGCGAACACGCAGGCGACGACCAGCUCGCACGUGUUCGCGCUGCUGCAGGAGCUGGGCAACCGCGUCGCGCCGUCCGCCGCCACCACGGCUACGGCGGUCACCGCCACGGCGGCCACGGCAGGCGCCACGCAGGCGGGCGACGGCGAGGAGGCGGCGGUGGUGGAGCGAAGGUUCCGCGAGGUGCUGCCUACGCUCGUGCACAAGCACUUGGUGCCGCGCCUCGUGCGAGAUCGCGAGGUGCUGGCCAUUCUGAAGCUGCUCAUGCACAUCGCGAGGAACUAUCCCGGCACCUUCCUCCACGGCCAUGCGCCCACCACGCUCCCCUUCAUCGCACGCGCGCUGGUGCUGCUGGGCGAGGCACCGCUCAGGUCACGUGUGGCGUGCAUUGUGGACGUGGUGUGGUCGUUGGCAGCACUCAUGCGCUCUACUGAUGAAACGGCCUUCGCGUACCUUGUCUCUGACGUGCGCACGCUCAUUCAAGACACAGCUGCAGUGGCGAUGCAGCUGGGGAACAAGCAGGCGCAUGGCAGCCCCAGCAAGGAACGAGGGUCGCUACCCCCUGCACCACUGCACGCACUCCGUGUGUCGUUCCACUAUGCUGCAUCCUUGCCUCACGCUCUCCGCAACCAGCAGCAGCAGCAGCAGCACGCACCCAGCGCCUCUUUGCUGUCAGAUCUGCCCCCCGAGUGGGAACCAGGGGACGAGCAGGGUCGUGGGGUGCUGCUUCACGUGGCUGCGGAGGACCGCUGGCAGGCUGCUGCUGAGUUCGGUGCGCUUUUCCUCUCACGCCUUGCCCGCGACCAAGGUGCUGGGGACACCACGAGAAACAACACCAGCAGCAGCAGCACCAGCAGCAGCAGCACUGGCAGCAUUGGGAGCAGCAAGCAGCUUGUGAGGCUGGUUGUUACGGCAGACUGUUAUUCCGCACUGGGUGCUUUCCUGUGCUUUGGAAGCGCGCAACUACACAAGGUGUGCUUCUCCGCCCUGCGGGACCUCAUCAGCACCACUGGCGCGCCUCCCCUGUGCGCGGACGAGCUGCUGCUCUCCCUCCUCACCAUCCUCGCCACCUCCUCCUCGCACCCUCGCCUCCCCGCCUUCAGGACGGGCUGCUACGACCAGAGCCUGGCGGAGUGCCUGCACGCGCUCGCCUCUGCUGCCACGCACGGCACCCUGCGCGUGUGUGCAUCACUGCUGCUCUCGCUCUUCCCACACGCCCUGCUGCACACCUCCUGCCUGCACCUCCAGGUCGCUCUUUUGACCUGCCUGCGCCGCACCAUUCCUCUCCUCCCGCCCUCACCUCCCCCCUGCUCCUCCGCACUAACUGCACCGGCUGACUCCUCCUCGCCCCACUCCCAGCGCCUCCUGCUGAGCCUGCUCCCUCUCCUCGCCUCUCCCCCUCCAGUCACCACGCCCCUCGCUGCAUGCCUCUCUCUGCUGCUGCGCCGUCAUCCCGUGUUCCAGCACAAGGCCACGUUGCGUGGGCCUCGCCCUGCCACAGAGGAUGCUCCGAUUGGGGAGCAGUCCCGAGGGACUGAAGGCAGAGGGGUAGUGGGCGAUGAGGAGAGGGGUGCGGGUGAGAGCGCGGUAAAGGGGAAGAGGAAGCGAGGUGCGAGCAGUGCGAUGGGGAGGAGAGGGGCGGAGGAGGAAGCGGGUGGGGAGGACGGGGAGGGGCAGGAGGCAGGGGGGAAGCAAGCGAGGGGGAGCGCCAAGAAGAGGCGCUCUGGGAAGAGUGCAGUGAGCAGGCGGCGGGGGUCAGGUGGCGGAGGGACGUCAGUGGGUGGGUUGGCAGAGGAGGCAGAGGAAAUCGCAGGGGAUGAAGGGGUGAACCCAGCAACGGCAGAUGGGGGAGUGGCAGGGCAUGUGGAGCAAGCAGCAGCAGCAAGGGCGGCAGAGGCGAGUGGUGGGCUGGGAGGCAGUGAGAGACGUGGCGUGUCGUUCCAUGGGUUGUUGGUGCACGAGGAGGAGAUGACAUGGCAGGUGCAGCAGCUGAGCGCUCCUGCGGCGUGUGGCUGGGGCGAGAGGCACCUGCUGGUGGCGGUGGUGGAGAGAAUUCGAGAGGCAUGGCCGCCAGAAUCCGCACUGGAGCUCCUUGAUAGGCCGUAUCCAUGCAGUGCAGCUGCUGGUGGGGCCAAGGGAAACAACCCGCAGAGCGUGCACAUGGAGGGCUCGGCGUUAGCAGACAUGUCAGCAGAUGCGUGGGCAGAUGUGGAGGCGAGGCUGAGGGGUGUAGCGUCUCUUCUCAUCACCGCAGCACCACCUGCUGCUUGCAGUGCAGGGCAGGCAGGGGGUGAGAUGAGGCGGUGGCAUGUGGCGCAGCUGCUGGUUGACAGCGCUGCUCGCAUCCUCGCCAUCCCUUGCCACAUCUCCUGUGCCCUUGAAGGUCAAGCUGCUGCUGUUGGUCCUCUCAGAGUCCGUGCUCUCCUGCCGUCUGCCCGCUUGCUGCUCACACAUGCCUGUUGUGGUGAUCAGGGGGGAAGUGGCAGCGGGGCGGGCAGGUUCAUCACGAACCUUUGUGAGGUCGCUCUUCUGCCGUGGUCCCUUGGAAACCAACACAGCGCUCACAACAACAGCGUGCAAGGCGUGCAGGCACCUGUGGGGGCACUGGAGCUCAGCAAAUUGAAUGCGCUCAGAGUAUCAGAGGCAGUGCUGUCAUGGCUGGUAGAAAGGCUUCAGAGCCAGGUGACGCGUGGAGCCGAGGGGGAGGAGAAGAGUGAGAAGGGAGACGAGGGAGAGCAGUCAGGGCGCAGUGCAGUGAAGCAAGGGCAGGCAGCCGAGGAUGUGGUGGUAGGCGCAUGGGCGACAGAUGUGGUCGGCACUGUGAGCAAGAUGCUGCAGGGGGCGAUGCAGGAUGAGCAUGCGGGCGUGCGCAGAGCAGCGGUGGAGCUGCUGGCCUUGCUGCUGUGGGCGGUCAAGGGGCUGUCACACCAUGCCUCGGUUAGGCCGCACACCACUGCUGCAGAAACAGGGAGGGCUGAGGCCGGCGCUGCGAGUGCAUGUGGGGGGUGGGGGCAGGAGUGGGUGGUGCCACUGCUAAGGAAGCUAGCAGCAGACAGCAGCGAGGAGGUGCAGGUCGCAUGUGCGCGUGCCCUGGGACCUCUCCUCUGCGCGCUCUCUCUCUCCCCCCUGCCGCCACUGCCCCAUCAUCGCACCCCUGCCUCCGCCCAUACACCCCUCCCCUUGUGCCCUGUUUGCUCUCACUUCCUCCACCCCCACACACGCAUGACCCCCACCAAUGCUGGCAGCCCUCUGCCAUCCAGCCCUGCACCCCACAACACCAUGAACCCAGCAGCACAGCAGGAGGCGCAUGAGGCAAGCAUGCCCCCUUGCACCGCUGCCCAAAGUGGCCUUUCCAUCCCUCCGCGUGACCUCUCAGCCAUCAUACCGUGCUUCGCUCGCAACGACAGCCCCUCCUCUGUGAAAGCCGCCUUCGCCGUCUCCCUGCCCUCGCUGCUGCUGCACGCCUCCACUGUCCACCUGCUGGCCCUCAAGCCCACCCUCCUCGCGUCCCUCAACGCCCUCUCCUCCCACCCCCACUGCUCCGUGCGCUGGGCCUUCCGCCCCGCCAUCCGCUGCUUCUUCCUGCCAGCUGUUGUGAUGCCAUUGGCUGGAAAUGUCAGUGCGGCGGCAGGGAACAAAGGGGGAGGGGAGGGAGGAGGGGCGGAGCGGGUGGAGGGGGAUUGGAGCGAGGAGGAGCGGCAGGAUGCAGCGUUGAGGCUGCUGAAGAAGUUCAAGGGGCGGCUGCAGAGUGGCGAUGAUGAUGUGCGGCGCAAGGAGGCUGUUAUGGGGCGCUGUAGGGGAGAUUGUGGCAUGUGCACUCACACUCCUGUACCCACGAUCCACCGCAUCCAUCUCCUCGUCCCUAUAACCUUUCUCCCACUCUCCGCGCUCUCCCUCUGCUCUCCUCCCCUCUCGCCCUCUCGUGCCCCCCUCUCGCCCUCGUGCGCCCACGUUGCACCCGGCCUGGUGGAGCAGCUGGAUGCGGCGCACCUCUCCCUGCAGGCAGCAGCAGUCGCCACGCUCCGCUCCUCCUGCCACCGCCUCACGCACCCCCACCACCACACCCGCGCACCAAACACCGGUGCUGCCAGCGUCCCAUCGCCCUUGCCGUGCACAGCAGGCGCAGCAGAAGGGGCAGCAGGCACAGGCCCUGCAGGUGGUGGCAGUGCGAUGGGAGAGAGCAGUGAGGGGAGUGUGUGGGCGGUGGUGCAGCGCAUCCAGGAGGAUUGCUUUGACUACCUCGCUUCCCGCCUCGUCACCCGCCCUGCCCUCGUGCACGCCUUUGCACGCGACGUGCUGGGGUGGGACGUGGAGCAGCUUAUAACGAGGAUGCUGCCCGUGGUGCUGCCCAGCAAGGUGCUGGAGGCGGCAGUGGAGGAGGCGGGGGGUGGGUCACCGCAGCAGACGCAUGGAGAUGCCACGGAUGCUAAGGCGCUGGCGGUGCUGCAGGCGAUAGCGCAGGCAGAGGGCACGGAGCUGGCGCUGCUGCUGAUGAUGUGGGCGCACAAGAUCCUGGCGCGCCUGCUGCUGUGCACGGACAGCCAGAGCCUGCUGCUGCUGCUGCACUUCUAUGAGGCGCACACGGGGCUGUCGCCCCAGGACGUGUUUGCGGGCAUCACAGGGCCGCUGCUGGAGGAGAUGUGCUGGUUUCUGGGGGACCACAGCAGCGAACUUGCGCUCAAACGGGCGAGCCGAGUGUUCCCGACGAUAAGGGAGCUGGUGGCGCUGACAACGGGCAGCGAGGCCACGGAGGACAGGGCAGCGGACUUCCUGUGCGCGCACCUCAUGCGCAUCCUCAACGCCCUGCACCGCUCCUCACUGCGCCUGCGCUCCGACCCACCCCGGCAAGAGCAGGCCCUCAGGGUGAUCGGGCAGCUGGCCAAGCUGGCCGGCCCCAAGCGCCUGGCGGCGUUUGCGCCCAAGAUGUUUGCGCUGCUGGCGGUGGGCGUGGAGCAGGGGCAGGCGGAGAGCGUGCGCAGCACAGGGCUGGACGUGUGGCUGAGGUUUGUGCACACGCUGGCGGAGUAUGCACCGGGCGUGCUCAGGAGCAUGUGCUCUCAGAUCGCCGUCGCGCUGCUGCCCUGCUUGGAAGGCCCUGAAGGGGCCUUGGAAGACGAAUGGGCAGGGUUGUCGGAGAAGGAGGUGAAGGAGCUGGCGAUGACACAGCGGGCGGUGAGGGCAGCGCAGGGUGAGGAGAUGCUUCGGCCGCACUUGCAGAAAGCUGCUGCGGUGUUCAGUGCGCUCGUGAUUGAGCACGGCGCCAUCCUGGGCUCUCACCUGCGCGCCCUGCCGCUUCUGCCCGACCUGGGCGCCCUGCGACACGUGAACGGUGUGAUUCAGGAGGCGAGGGGGCGGCUGGGGGUGCGGGAGAAGGUGGUGCUGACAGUGGCGGGGCUGGGGCACGAGUCCAUCAGCGUGCGCCUGGUGGCCGCCGACGGCAUGAAGCGGCUGCUGCAGGAGCAUGGUGGUGCGGUGAGUGCCAUGUUGGUGAGCGAGCGAGAGGCGGACAGGGAGGCAGAGUGCGCGGCCGUGGCAGCGCUGCUGGCGGGCAGUGCAGAGGAGUCGAAGACCGUGACGAGUCACUUGCUGAAGCUCGCCUGCGCUGAGUGCCUGGGCGAGCUAGGCGCCGUGGACCCUGCUAGGCUCUCCACUUCAGCGGGGGUCAAGGCCGCCAUGCUGCAAGCACACACAGGGUCACAGCAGGCGCAGCAGCAGCAGGGUGUGGGGCAGGGGUGCGGGUCUGCAUGUGCACUGAUGGUUGCAUGCGACGAUGAGGAGCUGGCAGCGGAUCUGAUUUCGCUGCACCUGGCACGUGUGGUGCGUGCCGCCACGGACGCCGACGUGCAGGACGCCGCUGCGUGCGCCAUCCAGGAGAUGCUGCGCGUGUUCGGGUGCCGGCGCAGCCGUGAGGAGGAGGAGGUUGACGAGGAGGAAAGGAGAGCGGAGGCUGAUACGGCGGAGGCAGCGGCAGAGGGACAGGAGGGAGGGGGGAAGGGGAAGGGGCGGUGGAGCGAGAGGGGCGUGAGGCUGUGGGAGAGGCUGCGGGGCGAGGUGAGGGAGGUGAUCUCGCCGUGCCUCACGUCCCACUUCAGCCUGCAGCGCCUGCCAACACGCUCCUCUGCCACGAAACAAGAAUUGCAGCAAGGAGGGCCCGCAGCUUCAGGUGUGGGUGGCGCUGGAGAUUUCUUGAGGGCGGUGUUUCGACCAGGGGCGUUGUUCCGGCGGUGGCUGUACCGGUGGAUGCGGCGCAUGGUGGAGCAGGCAGCGGGGUUCAGAGGUGGCAUCUUUGCUGCCUGCACCGGCAUCCUGCAGUUUGACGCGCCCACUGCUCUCUUCCUCCUCCCACACCUCACCCUCAACGUGCUCUGCUUUGGCAGCGACGAAGCUAGGGGGGAGGUUCGGGAUGAAAUUCUGGCUGUGGUCACCUGGGCCUUGACGCCUGGAGGUGGAAAAGGGCAGGGGGCAGGCCCUGCCGCUGGUUCUGCUGUUGCUGCUGGUAACCGUGUCACAUCUGCGUCCAGAACCGAUGGGGGUGCAGCGUCAAAGGGCGAUGCGAUGGUACUGCAGGCGGUAUUCUCGCUGCUGGACUGGGUGCAGUCGUGGUUGGAGCAGGCGAGCAGCGUGGUGGAGCAGGUCAAGAUGGCAGUCGUCUCUGGCAGACCCCCGCCCUCUGACGUCCUCUCCUCUCCCCUCCUCGCCUUCCUCGCCCUCCUCUCUCCCUCCCCACCACCGGCUGCAGCAACAGCAGCCACAGCGCCAGCACGGACGGCAAAGUUUGUCUGCUCUGCAGCGCAGGUACGGCAUGCGGAGGAAGUGUGUGGGCGGGUGCGGUGGGUGGUGGAGAGGGAGGUGAGCAAGGAGGUGUUGGCGCACGCGGCCCUGCGCUGCCAGGCUUAUUCCCGUGCCUACAUGUACCACGAGGCUAGUGUCAGGGAGCGGUCCGGCACUCUCAACCCUGCUGCCGCUGGGGGUGGCGCCAAGCCUACGCUGCCGAGCCUGGCUGGUUCGGAGGCGGGUCCGGGGCGAGUGGACAAUGGUGGGGCGGUUACUGGGGAUGGAGCAGAUGCAAGGGAAUCAGGCAGAGGAAACGGAGGAGGUGGUGGUGGGAGUAGGGAGGAGCAGCGCCAGGGAGGGGCGUUCCGCGAUGCUGAUGUGUCGCUGCUGCUGGAGAUCUACCGGUCGCUGGAGGAGCCAGAUGGCAUGCGCGGAUUGGUGAGUCUGCGUGGGGCAGCAGGGGCAGGGGAGGCGAGUGGCGUGAGAGCGAGGGACGAGAUGGUGAUGUGCGAGCAGGAGGGGCGCUGGGCCGACGCGCUCACCCUGUACGAGGACGCCCUGGGGGGCGCUGCUGCAGGGGGGGUUGCCAUGGCUGGAGGCGCGGUGGCGGGUGCAUGUACAGGCGACAGUGGGGUGCAGGUGAUGCGGAGACGAGUGGAGGUACAACAGCUGCCGCCGGGGGGGGUGGGAGAGGGGAAACUGUGUGAUGAAAGGGCCACGGAGUAUCCGUGCGAAGAGAAAGCAGUGGAGCAGCAGCAGGCGAGCAUGCGGGUGGGUCUGCACGUGGGGCUGCUGGGGUGUCUGCUGAGCAUGGGUCACCUGCACGCCACGCUCACCCACGUGGACGGGCUGCUGCUGCGCUUCCCCCUCGCCGCCCCCACAUGGGCGGCCACGGGCGUGCAGGCAGCGUGGCGCCUGGGCGCAUGGGACCUGCUGCAUGAGUAUGUGGCCGCGGCUCAGCAAGACGCUCACCCUGUGCCACAGCAUGACGAGCAGGCAAUGUCGGACGGACUGGGUGCAGCGAGGGUGGGGGGAGCGGGGUGGCAGGAGGAGUUUCAGCUGGGGCUGGCGCGAGUGGGGCUGGCGCGAGUGGGGCUGGCGAUGCGGUCAGCAGCGUGGGCGCAGUGCCGGGAGGAGGUGGUGCGCACGCGUGCAUGCGUGCUGCCGGCGCUGGCUGCUGCAGCUAUGGAGUCGUACGACCGCGCCUACCCCGUGCUCGUCAACCUGCACGCCCUGCACGAGAUUGAAGCAUGUAUACCCGUUAUAAGCGCGUGCUCUGCGGCUGCAGCUGGUGGGGGCGGUCAAGGGGUCAGUGGUGCGUUGCUGGGGAGUGGCGGGGCCAGGCUGGGGAGGUUGCAGGGGGGUGGGGGGAGGUCUGGAGCACUGGGACUAAUUGGAGACGCAGCAGCAGCAGUAGCACCAGGAAGAGGAGUGGACAACAGUAUACAAGAGUUUAAAGCACAAGUACAAGAGAGGCUUCAGGCCUGGCCGAGCCGACUGCAUGCAACCCAACCAAGUUUCAAGGUUCGGGAGCUGGUGCUUGCGGUUCGGCGCAUGCUGUGCCAAGCUGCCAGACUUGAAGACGAGGUUGGGCGAAACUGGCUCGAGCUCGCCCGUACCUGUCGCAAGGCUGGGCACUGCCAGGCUGCCACCAGGUCUGUGCUGCAGGCUCGGGCGCUGGGAACAGCAGGUUCGGAAGUGGAGGCAGCCAAGGUGCUGUGGGCGUCAGGCAGAGAGUACCAGGCCACACAGGAGCUGCAGAAGUUCUUAACCGUUGCCGAGGCGGCUUGUACAGGGGAUAACAACGCAGGGCAGGAUGCUGCUGGAGGAGUAGGGCGGGGAGGAAGCGGCGGAGGGGCGGAAGGAGCGAGGGAUACGUGGCAGAUGGCACGGGCUCUCCUGCUGCUGGCGCGGUGGUCGCACGAGACGCGGCAGAAGCAGACAGCGGACGUGGUGCACGUGUACGAGCGCGCCGCACAGCUGCAACCGCAGUGGGAGAAGCCCUUCUUCCUCGCGCGCUACUUUGACGACCUGCUCGUCGACGCGCAGCGCCGCCAGGAGGAUGAUGGUGGAACUGCAGCGGCAGCAGUGGGGGGAGGGGGAGCAGGGGGGGGUAAGGGGCGUGCAGGGAACGGGGCGGGUGGUGGGAGGGGCGUGAGCAGUGCAGGCACGGGCGGGGUGGGGGGCAGCAGAGGAGCGGCGGUGCGGCUGGGUGUGGAGGAGAGUGCGUGGUGGCAGCACGUGCACGAGGCGCUGCUGUGCUACUCCAACGCGCUGCACCGCGGCACGCUCUUCCUCUCACAGGCCCUGCCGCGCGUCCUCACCCUCUGGUUCGACUUCGGUGGCCGCUUCCAGGAGAGCGCUGUGCGUGGCAACGCUGCGCUCAAGGCGGAGAGCGCACGCGUGCACAAGCUCAUGGCGGACUGCAUUGCGUCGCUGCCCUCGGCACACUGGCUGGCUGCGCUGCCGCAGCUCACCUCGCGCAUCUGCCACCCCAACCCCACCGUGUGCGCACUGCUCAAGGCGCUGCUGGUGCGCCUGCUGACGGCGCACCCGCACCCCACGCUCUGGACGCUCAUCGCUGUGUGCAAGUCUGCUGUGCCGGCGCGCAGGGAUGCCGCCAACGAGGUGGUGUCUGGGGCCAAGGCAGCGGCCAGAGAGGAGGGCGGUGCUGCUGGCACAAGCCUCCUUGCUCUCAUCUCACAAUUCACGUCGUUUGCAGACGCCAUGAUUCGGCUGUGUUUCCACGGCAGCACGGGGUCAUCAGCGCCGCGCAUGAGGGCGCUCAGCAUCUCCUCUGACUUCAGUGCGCUCAAGCGCUCCAUGCCACUCGCUGUUGCACUGCCCACUCAAGCCGUCCUUGCUGCGCCCUAUGCCGCUGCCAGCAGCAGUGGUGGCAGCAGUGGCGGUGGGGAGGGCGAGUGUGUGACCAUUUGUGGGAUUGCGGAUGAGGUGGAGGUGCUGCAGUCGCUGCAGCGCCCCAAGAAGGUGGUGCUGGUGGGCAGUGACGGGAUGCGGUACCCUUUCCUGUGCAAGCCCAAGGACGAUCUGCGCAAGGACGCGCGCAUGAUGGACGUCGCCACGCUGCUCAACCGCCUGCUGCACCGCGCCCCCGAGGGGCGCCGCCGCGCGCUGCGCCUGCGCACGUUCGCCGUGCUGCCGCUCACAGAGGACUGCGGCAUGGUGGAGUGGGUGCCGCACACGCGCGGCUUCCGCCACGUCAUGCAGGACUUGUACGCGGCGCACGGGCUGUUUGACCGGCAGAAGACGCUGGGGCAGGUGAAGCGGCUGUACGAUCAGCGCGCAUCCACGGGACAGAGCGAGGCAGACCUGCUGCGCCGCCACGUGCUGCCGCUCUUCCCCCCGCUCUUCCACCGCUGGUUCCCCCGCGCCUUCCCCGACCCCUCCGCGUGGCUGGCGGCGUGCGCAGCGUUCACGCGCAGCUGUGCGGUGUGGUCCAUGGUGGGGCACGUGGUGGGGCUGGGCGACCGCCACGGGGAGAACCUGCUGGUGGACGGCGCCAGUGGCGAGUGCGUGCACGUGGACUUCAGCUGCCUCUUCGACAAGGGGCUGUCGCUGCAGCAGCCCGAGCUCGUGCCCUUCCGCCUCACUCAGAACAUGGUGGACGGGUUUGGCAUCAGUGGGUGUGAGGGCAUGUUCCGGCGCUCGGCGGAGAUCACACUGGCGCUGCUGCGCUGCCACCGCUCCGCGCUCAUGUCCGUGCUGCAGACCUUCCUGCACGACCCCCUUGUCGAGUGGACCAAGCCCCACCGCUCCUCCUCCUCCUCUGCUGCCGCUGCUGCCGCUGCGGCUGCUGCUGCUGGGGGAGGAGGUGUGGCUAUGGGCACGGGGGAGAUUCAGAAUCCUUAUGCACAGAAAGCACUGUCGAACAUUGACUCACGGCUGCAGGGCGUGGUGGUGGGCGUGGCGGCAGCGCCAUCGCUGCCACUGUCAGUGGAGGGGCAGGCGGAUUGCCUCAUACAGCAGGCCACCUCCAUUGAGAACCUUGCCCGCAUGUACAUAUGGUGGAUGCCCUG